GACUGGGCUGGUCCCCCCCACCCCCACCCUCCUCAGCUCUUGUAUCACUGAGAGUCUGGCAGCCAGUUCCACCCUGACAGAGUUCACAGCAUAUAUUAGUGGAUCCUUGUUCUCAGUGUGUCUGUUUAAGGAAUUAACGGAAGCAGUGUCGAGUAAGGAUUCAAAGCACUUACUGAACAUGAAUCUAUGUGCAUUUGCACUUCUCCUGGCGUUAGCCAGUGGUGCCAGUGGCCAAUACUAUGAUUAUGACGCCCCUCUCUUUAUGUAUGGGCAAUUAUCACCCAACUGUGCCCCAGAAUGCAGCUGUCCCCACAACUACCCCACCGCCAUGUACUGUGAUGAUCUGAAGCUGAAAAGUGUCCCCAUGGUGCCCCCUGGCAUCCAGUACCUUUACCUGAGGAACAACCAGAUCGAUCAUAUCGAUGAAAAGGCUUUUGAGAACGUGACCGAUCUGCAGUGGCUCAUUCUAGACCACAACCUUCUAGAAAACUCCAAGAUAAAAGGAAGAGUUUUCUCCAAGCUGAAACAGCUGAAGAAAUUGCACAUCAACUACAACAACCUGACCGAGUCGGUGGGGCCACUGCCAAAGUCCCUGCAGGACCUGCAGCUCACUAACAAUAAAAUCAGCAAGCUCGGCUCCUUCGAAGGGCUGGCCAACCUGACCUUCAUUCACCUUCAGUACAACCAGCUCAAAGAGGAUGCUGUGUCCGCCGCUCUGAAGGGUCUGAAAUCGCUAGAGUACCUUGACUUGAGCUUCAAUCAGAUGUCCAAGAUACCUUCUGGCCUCCCAGCAUCACUGCUCACUCUCUACCUGGACAAUAAUAAGAUCACCAACAUCCCUGAGGAGUAUUUCAAGCGCUUUACGGGGCUUCAGUACCUGCGUUUAUCUCACAAUCAGCUGGCUGAUAGUGGAAUACCUGGAAAUUCGUUUAAUAUAUCAUCCCUUCUCGAACUGGAUCUCUCCUAUAAUAAGCUUAAAAGCAUACCAAAUGUUAAUGAAAACCUUGAGAACUAUUACCUGGAGGUCAAUGAACUCGAAAAGUUCGAAGUCAAGAGUUUCUGUAAGAUCCUGGGACCACUAUCUUACUCCAAGAUCAAGCAUUUGCGCUUGGAUGGCAAUCCCCUCACCCAAAGCAGUCUACCCCCUGACAUGUAUGAGUGUCUACGUGUAGCAAAUGAAAUCACUGUUAAUUAACAUUUUUUAAUAACUGUUAAUUAACAAUACAUGGAAGUAUGUUCUGGAGCAAUACUUCAUGGUUAGGUAUUCUGGGGAUGUGUGUAAAGUUUUCACAAUAUUCUUUCGUUGUUGUUGCUAUUACUUCAUGGAUUUUAAUUAAUGAAGGAAAUGUUUUGUGAACAUUUACCACUUUUUAAUAAAAGAUGAAAAGCAGGCCUAUUUCAUCGUGAGGACAGACACACAAAUACAUUAAACCUAGUUCUUUAUUUGUAAAUUUAGUGUUUUCUAAAUCUCUGUGUCCAAAAGUUAUGAAGUCUCUUUACUGAUUGUAUGGAAAUCAGCCAAGUUUUUAUGGUCCUUACAAUUUAAUUUAAUGACCUCAAAAAUAGGAAAUAAAUAUGCAUAGAUGUUUAUCCUAAUACAAAUAUGUUCAAAUCUUGAUAUGUUCAAAUUUGUUUUGCUGAAAUAUAGAUUCUGUAUUGUGAGGCCAGUAAUUUUGCAGUAUACCAAAAAAAAUUAUGAAGCUACACCCACUAAAAGAAAUGUAUUUAGUACUAAACAUUUACAUAGUUACUUAAGGAAACUUUUCUUGAAUCAUUUUUCUCUGUCAUGUGUAUGUUUCUUUUUGAUUAUUUGCAUGUUACGAUUAACAAGCUAAUAGCAAAAUAAAACAUUGCAAAUGGCA